AUGACGGGCGAAGACCAGAACAUGGAUGUACACCAGGCACCGUCUGCAAGGAUCAACUCGGAGCCAGUUCCUGCCGGGCCUAGAGCAUUAAAAGUGAAAUGGUGGAACUCCAUUAAAGAGCGAGGCUCAUUGACCCAGAUCGUGAUAGCUGCCACACUCGCCAGUGUUAUUGGCCUCAUCGUCACGACGACACCGGUCAAACGCCUUCCGAACAGCCGCCUAACACCAAGACGUCUUCCACCAGCAACAGGUCUCGUUCUGCUUAUGGGCCAGCUAUGGUUGAGGGCACUCAACGCUAUUGGUGUGCCCUUGAUCAUUUGUUCCAUGAUUUUGGCCAUUCAAAGGCUGAAAGAAGUCGCCACAGGCAGGAGAUCUCUAGCUCUAUGCACAGUUGGGUACUUCAUCUGGACCACUCUCAGUGCUAUUAUCCUGAGUUGUAUCAUGGUUUCCAUGGUAUGGAGCCCAAUGUUCGCCACUGCCAGUGGCCAAAUGCUGGAAAUAGAAGACGCUGCAAAGGCUUCGAACAUGGAUGGCACUCGUGUUUGGGAGGCCAUAGCGCAAAUUUUCGAGUCCAUUGUCCCCAAAAACAUCUUCGGAGUCCUGGUCAAUGACGAGCUUGUUGCUAUCCUAUGUACUUCCCUCAUUGUUGGGUGUUUACUGCCUGGUAGCGACUCGUCUCUUCUCCGAGCAGUGGUUGAGAUAGAGCAUAUCGUCUCCAUUGUCCUUACAGAGCUAAUCAAGCUCGCCCCUAUUGGCAUCUUUUUCUUGAUCCUUGGUCACAUGUUCGAAAUGCACACAUCCGGAUUGAGCACGGCGGCUUCUCUGAAGCUUGUGUAUCUUCUUAUUGGCAGCACGGUGGCUAACAUGGCACUACACCUAUUCGUUGUUUUACCCAUUGUCGUCAUCGCUCUUACCAGGAUGAACCCUUACUGGUAUUGGUUGAAGAUUGUGUCGGCUUGGGAUACCGCUUUGAAUACCGCCUCCUCUUCCGCCACGUUGCCAGUGACUCUUCGCUGUGGUCGUGUCCGCGGUAUUCCAAACACUAUUUGCAAAUUUGCACUUCCGUUGGGUUGUCUCGUCAAUAUGAACGGCACGGCGAUAUACUUGCCCAUUGCGGUAGUCUUUCUAGCACGAGCGCAAGGAGUUAGCCUACAUGCUGUUGACUACGUUUUACUUUGUUUAAAGACUACUCUGUCGUCUAUUGGAACUCCGCCCGUUCCGUCUGCGUCUCUUGCCUUGAUAUCGGUGAUUGCAAGUUCGGUUGGUGUCCCCGCCACCGGCAUGUUCUCUGUGCUUGCAAUAUUGGAUUGGUUCUUGGACCGUCUCAGAACGGUGCUCAACGUAUCGGGCGAUUUGUUUGGGGCAAUGGUGAUACACAAGAUUACAAAGAUUGAGGAUUCUGCUGAGGAACCCAUUGAGAUGUCGGGUGCCGGGACGCAUGAGGCCGCCGACAGUGUGUGA